AUUUUGAUGAGGGGUUGGGGAGACAUUGGUGAUUCGGAUGAAGCACGUAAGUUGUUUGAUGAAAUGACUGAACGAGGAUGUUUGGUGGAUGUGCCUGCAUAUAAUAGUUAUUUGGAAGCUUUGUGUAAAGGUGGGAAAGUUGAUGAGGCCUAUAAGAUAUUCCGGGAGAUGGGGUCAAAUGGAACUGACCCGGAUGCUUGUACUUAUUCGAUUUUCAUUCGUGCAUAUUGUGAAGCCAAUGACAUUCAUUCAGUUUUUAGGGUGCUUGACAGGAUGAAGAGAUAUAAUCUUUUGCCUAAUGUGUAUUCUUACAAUUGUAUUAUCAAGAAACUGUGUAAGAAUGACAAGGUGGAAGAGGCUUACCAACUUUUGGAUGAGAUGAUUGAGAGUGGAGUUAUGCCGGAUGCGUGGAGUUACAAUGCAAUCCAAGCUUAUCAUUGUGAUCAUUGCGAGGUUAACAGGGCUCUUAGGUUGUUAUAUAGAAUGAAAAAAUAUAACUGCAAGCCAGAUAGACAUACUUAUAAUAUGGUGCUAAAGUUGUUGAUUAGGAUAGGAAGAUUUGAUCGGGCAACGGAAGUUUGGGAGAGUAUGGGGGAGAUGGGAUUUUAUCCUUCUGUUUCAACAUAUUCCGUAAUGAUCCACGGUUUGUGCAAGAAAAAACAUAAGCUAGAGGAGGCUUGUAAAUACUUUGAGAUAAUGAUCGAUGAAGGUAUACCACCAUAC